AACGAAUCAUUUGCAGUGAAUCCCUUGGAUGCUUUGCCAUUCAUUAAAUUAAGGUGAAACGGUGUCUUUGAAGGCAUCUAAACGCAAUGCCUGGUCCAUUCAACUCUGAUGGCAUGAAGCCAUCCUUUCGUGACGGAGUGGACCUACAGCGGAAAAUUCAGCUUCUAGAGGGAGACAGAAGCGCAUAUUACGAGAGCUCCCAGUCCACGAUCAAGAAAAACAAAGAUACCAUUCUUCAGCUGCGUCAGGACAACAUACGUCUGCAUAAGAAGUUGGCUGACGCCCUAGCUGGAGACGAGCAGGUGAUACGGGAUGCCUUUCAGAGCAGAGGUGUGGAGAUGGCUACCUUCAGGAAUAAGUCUGGGAAGGCAGCUCUUCAGAUCCUUGACCAGAAAGUGUGUGAGAAGAUGAAGAAGCUGAAUGCCCUCAAACACAGCACAGAGACUCGUCGGCGCCGCCUGGAGGAGCUGCAGCUGCAGUACCAAACUACACAGAUGGCGGCCCAAGCCCUGGAGUCUGCCGCUGAGCGACGAGAGGAGGAGGCAAAGAAUGAAGGGGAAGGCGCAGAGGAGCUGCCCCGACAGAACAUUCGUAUGCUGGAGAACCGGCUGGAGAAGGCCCAGCUGAAGUGUCAGGAAGCUGAACACAUCAUGAGAAGCUAUUUGAAACUCAAGGCUCACCUGCAGGAGGAGAGCCUGACGUUCCAGUCCCAGCUGGACCGGCUGGAGGCGGAGAUCCUGAGGCAGAGGCAGGAGCUGCAGGAGCUGCAGGUGAUGAAGAACGACGCUCACCUCUCCAAGGACGUUGCCAAGGCUGAGCUGCAGCGGCAGGAAGAGCUGGUGUACAAGGAGCGCAGGGAGAGGGAGCAGAUCCUGGCCUGCUACAAGAAGCAGGCAGAGGAGCUCAAAGCCCAUGGGGAGAGGGUGGAGAGAAGAGCCCAACGUGCAGCCGUACACCCAGAUGAGCUGAGCAGUGAGGCCCAGCGGAGUGCCACUGCAUUUGGGGAGGAGGACAGGGCCAUAUCCACAUUCGAGGAGGCCUUCCGUCGCAUUAAGGAUGCCACUGGAGUCACCGACACACAGGAGGUGGUGCAGAGGUUCAUCUCUCAGGGUGACACUCGGAAGCAUCUGGAGGAUCUGAAGGAGGAGAACGAGAGGACGCUGCAGCAGCUGAAGGAGGAGCGCAACCAGUUGCAGGCCCAGUUCCAAGACAUGAAGUAUUCUGGGGAGGCCAAGCUGUCCAGUGGUCAGCAGAUGCUGAAGGAGUGUGAGGAGCAUCUGGAGAGGGAGCAGGAGAGGCGCAAUGACGCCAGCAGCAGGCUGGACUGGCUGACCCGCACCCUCAGCGCAGCGCGCGCCGGCGUGGAGCACCUCGCCGACAAACUGCAGCACAUCAAACUGAGCCAGGCCACGUCGUCUCAGCUGUCCCCUGGCUCGGAGGAGUACGUCCUGGACCUGCUGGCCCAGUCAGAGCAAAAACUCCUGGCGCUGCUAGAGGAGCUUCAGGGGAAGGAUCUGGGAGCCAUCAUGAAGGAGAUGGAGGAGGAUGAGUUCUACAACAGCAUCGAGGGGAAGCUCCCUGUCUACAACAUGCGAAUCCAGCUGCCUGAAGCUCAGAAGCAGGACCCGUACGAUGAAGAGGAGGAGAGUGGGGAGGAUGAGGGUGACGUCAUCACUCGGACUACCCUCAAACGCCAGUCCCAGCUGAUCAUUGACUCCAAGACUAAGAGGAAGACACGUACCAAGAAGAAGAAGGGCAAGCCCUGAGAACCUCACCGGACUCCACCUGGGUUUGGGGAGUGAAUAUGAGGAGAGCUGAGACAGUACCUUCCCAAUACCCAAUCGCAGGCUCUUGCUCUGAUCAGGGAUUGAAACAAGACUCCAGUUUCAUGUGAAGCUUGAUCCAUUUUUGGUUUUAUUUUACCAGGUGUAAUGGGCCCACACAUAGUUUGUACUAAUGCGGCAGAAGAGAAUGUUGUGAUGGAUUUGAAGGGGGGUGGUUAUUUUGAAGCUCUUAGCCAAUACAAGACUGAGGGCUGUCACCUGAUUUGGAACAGGAGUCUUCAUUUCAUACCUGUGUAAAGGACCUAUGUUGCAGACAAAGGAAUGUUGCUUUGCUGUUUUUCUUAUGGGCUCCUGAUUCACUUUUGUGGAUUCAAGUACUUAUGAGAAAUUAAAUUCCUUUAUGACUGAUUAAAGAGCAUGAAAAGCACCAAAUGAAUCUUUACUUGAAAUGAGUUAGUGUUA